AGAGGCCAACACAAGUAUUCAUAAAUUGAAAUUAUAUUCGAGUGAAAUUAUCAUUUCAUAAUUGGAAAAAAAAAAUAUUUACUUAUGGAUUUGAUUUAUGAAGAAUGUCAGUGAUCUUAACGCCACCAAAAACCAGAUGAAUCGGCAACAUCAAAGACCAGUUGCGGUAGGACCAAAGGUUUGCUGCAAAUUGAUGAUUACGUCAAUAAUACACAAAUUCAUAUCUUGACAGCGGGACCUCCAUUUUGAAUAUUCUUCUCUUUUCUCUCCUUUAAUCCUAUUCAUCUUCAUUUUCACUUUCUUUCUUUCUUUCUUCUUCUUCUUCUUCUCGUUGCUGGCCACUUCCCUACCCACAUUUGUCAGAUCUGUUUGUCUUCUUCCUCCCUGUCUAUUCAAAUCUAGUUUUUUUUUUUUUUCUUUUUCUUUAUCUCCAUCUGUAUAUUCAUUCCUACGCAGGCUUAGCUCUGAUUUGAAUUCAAUCCCAAAUCAAACCUAGAUUCAUGCCAAAUGCCCAGCUCACGAAGCUUAAAACAUGCUUUUCUACCAUCUCUCACGAGGAAACUCGUGUUAUAAGCUUUUUUUUUUUUUUUUGUCCCUGUUAAAAUUUCCCUCAAUUUUCAAUCUCCGGGUUCGAGAAGAAUGCCUAUCAAGUCUUAGAUAUCACUGACGGAAAGCCAGACUCUGAAGAUUUUCAACAAUGCAGAGCUCAGGUAACUCAGUAGCGCAACCCCAGGCCAUAUUGGAGUGGCUUCAAAAAGAGAUGGGGUACAGACCGUUGGGACCCUACAAUGCCUCUACGAACAAAACCCAGUUGCCCUCCGUUGAUGCGCUUCGUAAGAUUUUCCGUGGAAACAUGAUACCGAUUUGGAGUUUCUUAAUAAAGAGAGUGAAAUCCGAGAAAACUGUGGAGAAUAUAAGGAAGAAUAUCAUGGUGCAUGGUGGUGUUGAGAGUGGCAGUUCGGUGAAUUCGGGGAAAGAGGAGACUCGGAGCAAAGGAGGGAGGAGGAAGGAAAAAUUGGUUGGGGAGAGUUCUAGCUCGGCAGGGAGUCGGGAAGCUGCUUUGCAAGAGAGGGAUUUGGCAGCAAAGGAGGUGGAGAGGUUGAGGAACAUUCUGAGGAGGCAGAGGAAGGAUUUGAGGGCUAGAAUGAUGGAGGUCUCUAGAGAAGAGGCUGAGAGGAAGAGAAUGCUAGAUGAGCGUGCAAAAAACAGGCAUAAGCAGGUGAUGUUGGAGGCUUAUGAUCAGCAGAGUGAUGAAGCAGCAAAAAUAUUUGCAGAGUAUCAUAAACGUCUUUGUCACUAUGUUAAUCAAGCAAGGGAUGCUAAACGGACAAGUGUUGAUUCUUCCAUUGAAGUAGUUAGCAGCUUCAGGAUGAACAGUGACAAGGAUGCUGUCUAUUCAACUGUUAAGGGCACCAAAUCUGCAGAUAAUGUUAUCCUUAUUGAAACAACUAGGGAAAGAAAUAUUCGGAAGGCAUGUGAAUCUCUUGCAGCUCAUAUGAUUGAGAGAAUAUGCAACUCUUUUCCAGCCUAUGAAGGAAGUGGCAUUCAUUUGAAUCCUCAAUUAGAAGCAUCCAAGAUAGGCAUUGAUUUUGAUGGGGAACUACCCAAUGAACUUAGAACUGUCAUUGUGAAUUGCUUGAAGAAUCCUCCUCAAUUACUUCAGGCAAUUACUGCAUAUACUUUAUGGCUGAAAACGCUGAUUUCUAGAGAAAUAGAGAAAAUUGAUGUUAGAGCUGAUGCAGAAACCUUAAGAUACAAGUAUGAGAAUAACCGAGUAAUGGAUAUUUCUUCUCCUGAUGUGAACUCACCAUUAAAUUAUCAACUUUAUGGCAAUGGAAAGGUUGGAACAGAUGUGCCCUCUAGAGGAAGCCAAAAUCAACUUCUAGAAAGACAGAAAGCUCAUGUUCAGCAAUUUUUAGCUACUGAAGAUGCAUUAAACAAAGCUGCAGAAACUAGGGAUAUGUGUCAAAAGCUCAUAAAAUGCUUGAAUGGAAGUGGUGGGGUAGUUUCAUCUCACUCACUUGGUGUUGGAGGCACAUCACAGAACAUAGGCGGUCUCAGGCAAUUUGAGUUGGAGGUUUGGUCAAAGGAGAGAGAAGCUGCUGGACUUAGGGCAAGCUUGAGUACCUUGAUGUCUGAAAUCCAACGGUUGAAUAAAUUGUGUGCCGAGAGGAAAGAGGCUGAAGAUUCUUUGAGAAGGAAGUGGAAGAAAAUUGAAGAGUUUGAUGCACGCAGAUCUGAACUUGAAACCAUAUAUACUGCUUUACUGAAGGCUAACAUGGAUGCUGCUGAAUUUUGGAAUCAACAGCCAUUUUCUGCUAGGGAAUAUGCAUCAAGUACUAUCGUUCCAGCAUGUACAGUUGUUGAGAAUAUUGCAAACAAUGCGAAAGAUCUUAUUGAUCAAGAAGUUAAUGCCUUCUCACGGAGUCCUGAUAAUAGCCUUUACAUGCUUCCUUCAACCCCUCAGGCACUUUUGGAGUCCAUGGGUUCUAGUGGAUCUGCAGGACCUGAAGCUCUUGCUGUUGCUGAGAAAAAUGCUGCUUUAUUGACAGCAAGAGCUGGUGCUAGGGAUCCAUCAGCAAUUCCAUCCAUAUGUCGUGUAUCUGCUGCUGUUCAGUAUCCUGCUGGUUUGGGGGGUUUUGAUGCUGGUUUGGCAUCAGUAUUGGAGUCUCUGGAGUUUUGUUUGAAACUUCGUGGCUCUGAGGCUAAUGUAUUGGAGGACUUGGCAAAAGCAAUCAAUCUUGUCCAUAUGCGACAGGAUCUUAUUGAAAGUGGUCAUGCAUUGUUGAAUCAUGCAUACCGUUCUCAACAAGAAUAUGAAAGGACGACAAAUUUUUGUCUUAGUUUGGCCUCUGAGCAAGAGAAAAUUGUCACAGAGAAAUGGUUGCCUGAACUUAAAGCAGCAAUUUUGAAUGCUCAGAAGUGCUUGGAAGAUUGCAAACAUGUGAGAGGUUUGCUUGACAGGUGGUGGGAGCAGCCAGCAUCUACUGUUGUUGACUGGGUUACUGUUGAUGGGCAAAAUGUUGUUGCUUGGCAUAAUCAUGUCAAGCAACUUCUUGCAUUUUAUGAUAAAGAACUACUAUGAAUAAGAUCUGAGCGCCAGCAUUACAGAAAUCUCAGUUGCCCACAUAUUUUGCCAUGGUUGUUUCAAUAUGUGAAAUCUUUUGGAGCACGGGAUACACUUUGCAAUGCAAGUGAAGACAACUUGGAGGGUAUCGUUUAAUUUGGCAUUCAGGGUAAGAGGUAGUUGGGAUGCCAGUCAAGGCGUCAUCCAUUGGUUCCAUUGAUUUAGAAUGUAGAGAUAGGGUAAGGGUCUCGAAUGAUUGAAUUUGAAGUGUUUACAAUUGGUUCUUUUUGUACAGAAUGAAUCUUCAUAAUAAUUUCUUGUACGAUAGGUCGUAUGUUGUUCUUGGGUGGUGAUUGGGUCGCUCAUCCAUUGUUGUUCAAAAGUUUGAGGCUUUUGAAUAUUGCCCAUCAAAGGGUUGUAAUCAGCAAUUUGUAUUUUGUAGCUUAAUUGUCAUUGUUCAAUUUAAUCGAUAGUUGCUAUGAUUAUGGCA